CUCUUCGGCUGGCUCGCUCGUCCCUUUCUGUCUGUCUGUCUGUCUGUCUACUCCGCCCCUCCCCUCCCAUUGCCCCCACUCAUGUGCAUUGGCCGACCAGACCGGUGAGGUGUGGGUGGGUCGGAGAGAGUGGACAGACAGCAGCAGAGGGGAGAUGGGCAAAUACAGCAAGGCACACACACGGUGGCCUGAUUGAAGUGCGAGGGCAGUAGGUGCCGAUGCGGUCGGCGAGCGCAAACAGACAGACAACAGACAGACAGACAGACAGAUGGAAUGAUGAACGUAUCUAGCUGCAUUGAGUGAGAGAAACUGUGUGCAUAUCGGCUGGGGGAUGUGUGUGUUCGUAUGGCUGAAUGCCUGGCUGUUGCAACGAGUGAAUAGCCUUAGCUAAGCUGACCGCAUCCAUCCGAAGCGCACCACACACACGGUGUCUGUACACAUUAUCUGUCUGUCUGUCUCUCGACGCCGCUCGGUGGCCGGCGGACAGGGAGCAGCACAACGUCAAUCCAUUGGCAGGCACGGUCUAUGCACCCACACACACAUCACAUACAAAAGGGAACACCCGCCACACACACAUCUGUCUGUCUGUCUGUCUGCCCCUCUCUCUGCCAGCUGCUAAUUGACUGCACAAAACACAAACACCGAACAGCUGGCAUGAAGACAGACGGGGAGGCAGGCAGGCAGGCAGGCCAGAGUGCACGCCAGCCACUAGCUAAGCUAACUAACGAUCUACAAACAGGCAGCGAGAGCGUCAGAGCUUCUCAAAGAUCGACCCAACACGCCCGCGAAGGGGUCCUCCCACGUGCGGCGGUUGUUUUUUCUCCUCUGCAACCCCACCCGUCUUGCCGCUCCCUGCCACUGCCUGGUGCUCUUUGUGCGCCUCCUCCGUGAUGUACUCCUGCCCGUCGCUGGUCUUGCGCGUGGUCUCGGUCUUGGCCGUGCCAUCCGGCUCGGUCCACUUCUCUGUCACGAUGGUCUCCUGCUUGCCGUUGACAUUGCGGUGCGCCACGCUCUUGCUGUCUCCGGAAGACGACCCUCCGGAAAACGAAGAGAAGGGCGAGAACGUCGAGAACGACGACGAGAACGGCGGAGAACGGGGAGAACGAGGGAGCGGGGUGGUAACACGGAGGGAACGGGGAGAACGGCGAGAACGAGGACCUCCUCGAGCUGGAGAGCGACCUGCCCCCUCCCCCGCCACCGAAUGCCGCAAAUGGGUCAUCGGACCCUUUGAACAUGUCCUCAAAUCCCUUGAAGCAGUCUUUGAACAUCUCGUCGAACAUCUCGUCGGCCUGGGCGGAGCUGAAGUGGUGCGCAGCGCCGAAGUCAAAGCCGCCAGCACCGCCAGCGAGGGAGGCGUCGUACUGAUUCCGCUUGGCGGGGUUGCUGAGGGUCUCGUAUGCCUCGGCAAUGCGGAUGAGCCGCUCCGCGGCCUCCUUCUUGUCACCUGCAGCCACACAGGCAGCCACCGGUGACGCAAUGGGCGGCAAGGUAUCUCCUCGCUAGGUGCGUACUGACCUUGGUACUUGUCAGGGUGAUACGCUUUCUUGAUCUCCCUGACGCCCAGCACGUCAUAGUAGAUCUCCUUCUCCUCGCCCGCCAGCGCCUGCAGACACACACAUCACACACAAAGAGAUCGGGUCUCUCUCAUUCAUCGGCUGGCUAAAGGUGGGAGAUGCGCUGACCAGGAAGGCACAGACGCCCAGCAAGAUGGAGCAGACGGAGAUGCGAUGCUGGAAACGACAUUGAGCCACGAUGACGUUGCCGUGGAUGGCAGCUCGGAGCUCCUUCUGUGCGACGCCGAUCUCAAGGGUCAAUCUGCACAAACCCACCUUGAUCUCCUCGGGUUCUUUGGGCCGCUCUUUCUUGCGCUCGGCUUCCUCGACCUCCGCCAACACCUGCCUGGAGUGCACAAACAUAAGACGCCGGUCGUCACGGUGCAACCAACCCACACACUCGCGCACCUUCUGCAGACGCUGCUCGUACAACUCCUUGGUGGUUGUCGCUGCAGGUAUGCAAACCACAGUAAUGCAUCAGACACAAAGAUCAGACAUGACGUUUCUGGCGUUUUUCACCUCUGUUCUCAGCCAUCGUCAGAUCUCUGCCGUCGCACUGCUAACCGACAAUCCCUCUCAACCCCAAGCACUGCUUUCUCAUCUCCAUGCG